CUUUGCUCCACCUAUAUAGCGGCCUCUGAUUGGUCCAGAGGUUAAUGAGACAUCAAUCAACUCCCUCCAUGAAGAGCAUCGAUUUCCAGCACGCUCAGCGGCGAGCCUGUGUUUUGGUGUUUUUUCGGGCGAGCCUUCCUGGGUUCCUCCGCUUCUGCUCCAAAUUUCACCCAAAAGAGGCUCGUGUCGAGGUGAAUUGCGGAGGCAGAAGGAAGAUCGGGUCCUCCUGGAUGCUUCUCCGGUGUUCUUUGGUACAGAAAAGGCCAUGAGUUUGGAGACAUUGCUGCAGGCGGCGGAGUGGUUGGAGCUGCGGGCGCAGACCGGAGCACGUGAGGGAGAGGAGAAGUCAGAGAAACCAGAGCCAUGUGGGAUCAACGGAGACAGCGAGGAGGUAACCAGCGACGCCAGCGAAUCCCAAAAGGUAGAGGAAAGAGAACUCAAGCAAUCGCUGUCACCGUCUUCGUCGCAGCAGUCCGAGGAAGAGAAGGACGGCAAGCGGCGGAGUGGCGGAUAUGGGACCAGAGAAGUACACAACAAAUUAGAAAAAAAUAGACGAGCCCAUCUGAAAGAAUGUUUUGAGGUCUUGAAGCGCCACAUCCCAAAUAUGGAAGACAAGAAGACAUCCAACUUGUGCAUUCUAAGAAGUGCCCUUCGUUACAUACAGGCCUUGAAGAGAAAGGAGAAAGAGUACGAGCACGAAAUGGAGCGGUUAGCAAGAGAGAAGAUUGCCACGCAGCAGCGGAUAGCACAACUGAAGAUGGAGUUACGGGAAGAGCUGGACAACCAGGAGAAACCACCACCAUGGACACAGGACGACGACCAAGCAUCAACUUCUACAGCAUCAGAGGGUGAAGACAAUAUGAAGAUCAAUGAAGAUGAGGAGGAAAAGUUGUGGCACCCGACCGCCCUCACCUCGUCAGUGGGCGGAGCAACCGCAUCGGUUCCAAUGGACGUGUGUACCACGCUCCUUCCUACCAAGGACACGCCCUCUUACACAAUCCUCAAGAAACCAGCACUACAGCCUUACACCAUCAUCAAAGAAACCAGUCCGUUCCGCGUUCUGAAAAAGGACCAUGUCACGGCGAGCUCUACUACCGCAACAGAGAACGCACCAUCUACCGCGUCGAAACAGACCUCUGCUGGUUCGCCAAUACUUCCGCCGAAAAAGGCCAACGUGUCGUACACGAUUUUCAAAGAGGUGUUGCCGUCACAUACCGUUGUAGGCAAGACGACAGCACCUUAUACUGUUGUAAAGGAAACGACGUCUUCGUACUCACUAGUGAGAGGGACAGCACCUUAUACGGUGAUUAGUAAAACGACAAUUCCCUCUGUUACUAUCAAGGAGCCUAGUCCGUUGUAUAAUCAUGUGAAGGCUGCAACUGUCCCCUACACGAUUAUCAAGGAUGGGACUGAAGCCGCUACUGCAGCAACUGCCACAAAAAGAGUAUCCUUCUCCGUAGUAACAGAAGUGAAGCCGACAACACAAGCGGUGCCGAAUGUCAUAGGAAAAGAGAAACCCAUUGCUGCAUCCAGUGCUGCUAGCAGUGCAGCUGGCCCGCCAUCUAUACUGAGACAAGGUGCCCUUCAACCAGUUUUCGUGAAUAAAGAAAGUACUAUGGCGUUUCAGACAUUACCGCAGCCUCCGGUCGAGGUCCGAGUAGCACUGGCUCCGGCACCCGAAGUCAGGAUGCAAACCAUGGUAAAAGAACUCACUGCCAAUCAACCUGUCACCAAGGCGACAUCUCUGCCCAAUAAGGCUGUGAAGAAGACCACGGCUGUGGGAAUACAGGCCACACCCGAGGAGUUGUUGGAAAGGAAACCGCAGGAGGAUGAACCGCCAAGGAGACCUGGUCCGAGUAUGGCCAGUAUCGCAAUACAGGCGUCGCUGCCCAGCGAACCAACCAAGCCCGAGCACCUCAGUAGACCAAGUAUGAACCACACUGCCGUGCAGGCCUUCCACCCAAGCCAGUUCCAUGUGGUAGCCGCUCAUGAUGCCAGAACUGAACACGGUUUACAUCCCGCGGUUUCAAUCCCUCACCUGGGCACUUCUCACUCUGGUAUUGGACAUCCAAGUCUGCCCCCCACCCAGCCCAGCAUUGCCAACCUAACUCGCAUGACGCCCAUCACUCUGGCCUCCCUGUACAACACUCCCACUGUAACCUACACCACCCCUAUCACCAUUACUCCCUACAUUUCUCCAACCAUGACCCUGACCUCGCUGCGACCCCACGCGGUCCCGCACGGAUCGUUACACUCGUUCAUUCCACCCACCAUCAUUCCUACCCAACUUGGUGGUACCGCGGCGGCAGCCAUUCCCCUAAGCAUCACCACCCAGCGCUUGCCCAUGUCCGCGCCGCUACUGCCGGCCACCAUCGCGCGAAUGGCCCUCCCAGCAAACUCGCUCUCCUCACACAUCUCCCCUGUUACCAUGACAACCCGGUUCUCGCCCGUCCCAGUCUCGGCCAACGUACACCCAGCCGUGCACCCGGCCAUGGCGAAACCCCCGGGUCAGGCUGUCGCAGGACAGACAAUGGCAGCCAUAUCAGUUCCCGCGCCAGUCCUUACAGUCGCAUCGUUUGUAGCACCUACACAUACUGUAACCACUACCAAGAAUCUAUGAUGAAGGUCCUUUAGUAGGUAUUUUUAUGGUCUUAAUGAAGCAAUAGUGUGGUACAAAUGUAUUUGUAAAUGGUAAAUGAAUUUGAGUGAGUUGGUGGGUGGGAGUUCCAACAAGUGAUAGAAGCCAGUGUGUUCAUAUUGCAUCAUCAGAAUGUCAAAUUUUAUAAAGACAUGUAAUAGUUGCAAGGCUAUUGACUUAAUUAAUAUAUGUACAUAGAUGCAACAUCUCUUUAAACAAAUUGUUAAAGCUACAAAUGUGAAAAAUGUUAUUUUCUUAAUAGGCAUCUGUAUCAUGAGAGGUUUUUUGUCCCCAAUAUUGCCUACUUUCCUCAUUUAUUGGCUAUGACUGUUUUCUUCACAUGAAAAAUCUUCCCAAAAGUUUGGUCCCAUUACUCCCAUAGUUUCAUUCGAAUUCAUCUAGAAAAAGUAGAUCCAGCGUGAGUGCACUCCAUUGAAAUUACUGGACGUUUUGCAGCACAAUAGUUAUUGUUACAAAAUGUUUUGCCGCGCAACAAACACAGUCUGUGUUUCUCUGUACAUGUACCUUGAAGCCCAAGCAUGGUGUGUUUAACAUAUGGGGGGAUAUCAAUAAGUUCUCUGCCUCAUACAAAUUUCGUUGCACAACUUUGUGGUAUGAAGCCUUUUAUCAAUAUCCUCCAAAUUUCAAAUCAUUGCAAUCAUUACUUUCCAGGCUACGUCUUUUUGAAAAUCAGUAGGAAAGUGGCGAGAGAAACAAGGGUGAACAGACGUGUGGUUCAAGUUCCCAAUGCCGUAAACUCUUUAAAAGACAUUUUCAAAAUGUUUCAUAAUGAUUCUCUUACCAUUUCAAGUAAAAAGGAGCGGGUAUUUGACUUUCAGCAGAGCAAGUUGACCCGCACACUCCAGGUCGCAGCUCAAUUGUCGACUCUUUUUCCUUCUCUCUUACCUAAUGUUACUGGGUGUAGCCUGCAAAGUAACGAUCAGAAUGAUAUGAAUUUUGGUACACAUUCAGAAAAGACUUUAUACUUGACGUCUAUGCUUCAAAAUAUUUUGCUUAUUGAUCAACCCCUGGUAUAUACAUCACAGUUGUAGUAAUCAGUUGCAUCAUUUUGGAUAUUCAUGGCUUGAGGCACAAUGUUUAUAUUAUUUUUAUGGCUGCUAUAAGACUUCCCUUUUACUAAGGUGUUACAGAAGACCAAAUACCUUUGAGCAAACUAGCCUUCUGAGAACACUUAUAGCAAUACCAAUGAUUUCACCGACUGGCAAGGCAUUAGCCUGAUUAAAUCUCCCUGUAUAGCAGCCUGCCAGCCUCCUCUGAGGGGAGGGGCCAGUUACAACCCUGACAACAGAGUGUGUGUUACACAAACUAGCAAGGGUUAUGCUGAAAUUAAGAUGUGCACUUCAAAAUGCGCACUUCAUAGCACUCUUCCCAGGAUUGAAAACCAGGAAAUGUUUGUUAAAUAAUACUAGUAUGCAAAUUCACAAAUGAAACAAAAGAUAAUGAACCGUGUGUGAAAGAAUGGCCUAACUUGUCCUUGGCACUUACAAAAUACAGACUUUUUAGUUACAGACAGAUAUCAUUCAGCUCAGAUAAACUUUUUGUUGAAAUACAACAGUAGUGUUUGUACAGUUUGUAUCUAUUUUUAUUAUUGCCGGAAGUUUUCUUAGUAGAAAAUUGUCCUCAAGCCAAUUUCUUUGGAUAAAAAUUCCACUUACAGUUGUGUUCUGUAGCAUUCUGAAUACACUGAAAUGCAAUUCAAACUGUACAUUGUGAAAAUUAAGAACAGAUUCCUUUGCCCAACAUGGCAACUACAUUGCACAUUCAUAUUUGAAAUACAAAUGUAUCAGAAAGCCUGUAGAAUUGUUUUGUAUUUGCCUGAUACAUGCAAUCAUGUUGAGGUCACCUAGGUAACCUAGCUAUGUUGAAGGUAACAUAGUUAUUAUAAAUUAUCUUGUCAUAACCUGAAAAUGAAGAGUAUCUGCUCUUUGUGGUUUCUCAUUGAGUUGCCUAUUUCUACGAAAAUAUGACAAAUUUGUAGGGGGAGGGGGGCAGAAUAUCCAAUACCAGGUUUGCCCAAUCAAAGUCAAAGGGUAACAAUAGGGUACUAGUAUGUCCAAUUCAGAAAAAAUGGUGUUAUUGGGUAACAUUACUGACUUGGAGGUAGUCAACUAUUUAGUACAUUUCAGUCAAUUAGCAUAACGAGUAUUUUCCAGAGUUGUCAAGCACAUGUAACAAUAUAAGAGUAGUGUGGUGGAUUUUGCUAUGGUGUAUCACAAUAUACAGAUGUGCAUGUGGGAUGUGUAUAUAUCAUUUACAUAUAUGUAUAAAAAUACACUUAUAUUACUGUAAUUAGAAAAUGUAUCAUGACAUAGAGGCAUUUUUUAAAAAGAAAAUGCAAGAUGAUUCGAAAGAGUGUAUAUCUCUUGCCUUAUCAUGUACAAUGUACAAAAAUUCUAUUUUCUCUCAUAUCUAAGUUAUAUCCGAUCCCCUUGUUUUUAUCCAUGGCCCUCUAUGAAUAUGUUUACAUUUAGAGAGUAAAAUGGAUACAAUAGUCCAUAUAUGAAGAGACAUAUAACUCUCUGUUCACCGUUUCAUGGUCUUUUUUCCAUGUCUGUUGUUAAGGUGUAUUUAAAAAGAACAGACCAAAUCUGGUAUGAUUUGUAUGAUAGUUGUUUUUGUCACUCUGUUGAUGAUAAUUCUUUCCUGUCCUUCUUGCCUAUUUUCUAUUCAUGUAAAUGUGAUUGUGAAUAUUAUUAAUGUUACAUAACUAUGGAUGGAGGCUGAAACUGAUCAUGCUUUCAUAAGUGUUCAUGUCAAAACUGGAAAAAUUAAAGAACUCUUUGUUUUCGAAA